GGGCGGGCUGGCGGCGGGAGCGCGGGUGGGCUUUUAAAGGGACCAGCUCCGCAGGGGCCCGUUCGCCGACCGGGACUUCUGAUGCAUUCUGCCAUCUCCCUACCCCGUCGCGGCGCCCGGCCAUGGCCAGACCACCCGCCCCGGGCUCGGUGAUUGUCCCAGACUGGCACGAGAGCGCCGAGGGCAAGGAGUAUUUAGCCUGCAUCCUGCGCAAGAACCGCAGACGGGUGUUCGCACACCUUACAGACUUGUCCCAGCCGGGGCUGCUGGAGCGCCCAGUGCUGCCCCCAUCCGUGGCCAUUGACACAGCCAGCUACAAGAUCUUCGUGUCUGGGAAGAGUGGCGUGGGCAAGACAGCACUGCUGGCCAAGCUGGCAGGCCUUGAGGUACCCGCGCUGCACCAUGAGACCACUGGCAUCCAGACCACCGUGGUAUUUUGGCCAGCCAAGCUGCGGGCCAGCGACCGGGUCGUCAUGUUCCGCUUUGAGUUCUGGGACUGCGGGGAGUCUGCACUCAAAAAGUUCGACCACAUGCUGCCGGCUUGCAAGGAGAAAACAGAUGCUUUCCUCUUCCUCUUCUCCUUCACCGACCGUGCCUCCUUUGACGACCUCCCUGGACAGCUGGCCCGAGUAGCAGGCGAGGCCCCUGGUGUUGUCAGGAUGGUCAUCGGCUCCAAAUUUGACCAGUACAUGCACACUGAUGUCCCUGAGCGUGACCUCACAGCCUUCCGGCAGGCCUGGGAACUGCCCCUCCUGCGGGUGAAGAGUGUGCCGGGGCGGCGGCUGGCAGAUGGGCGCACACUGGAUGGGCGGGCUGGGCUGGCCGACAUUGCCCACGUGCUCAACAGCCUGGCGGAACAGCUGUGGCACCAGGACCAGGUGGCAGCGGGCCUGCUCCCCGGCACCUCAGAGAACACCCCCAGCUGAUCCCUACUCCCAGCCAUGACCCAAGGCAGAGGGCAGGACCGGGUCCUAAGGCCGAGGCAGGAACGUGGAUCUCAUCCUGAGAGAGGACUUGGAGGAUGGUGCCCAGAGAAGUCUCCUGCCCCAGGGGCACCUUCCUUGCAGAAAUCACAGCAGUGAGGUGGGGACAUUAGGCUCUGUGCAUCAGUGGCCUAAGGGCAUCUGGGGACCCCUGGCCUUCUCCUUUCGCCUUGGAGGGUCUAAGCUCUGGAAACUGAGGAAGUAUAGGGGCAGGGCCUUAGGGCUCAGGGUUCUCCCCCCACCCCCCACCUGCUGUUCUCCCAGAGAGGGCAACUGGGAAGGGAGGGUAUCCCCGCCAGGCCCUGGAUCUCAAGUGACUUCAAUCAAGAGCCUAUAUUUAUUGAGACAAGACCAUCUGCUGUACCAGAUAAACCCUGAAAUCUCAGCGGCUUAA